UGCCUUUUUUUUUUCUUUUUCUUCGACAAGGUUUAAGAAGCUCUUAACGCGCAGGCGAUUGUCAUCGGAGCCUGCGUCACUUGAACGGAUUGUAAAAGUAAAAUAAAAUAAUGAAUGAUAAGUAAAAUAAAAAUAAAUAAACGGUACUUGUAAAAUUUAAAUUCACCAACCAGUUCUAUUUGGAUCAGCUUCCAGUUUGUCUUUUUUGAGUCCAAAUUCCAUUUAAGAUUUAGACCUAUAAUCUCUGUUACAAGCCUCUCUCUUACUGACAAAAGUUUUUCUUUUCUUCUUCGUGGAUUCCCUCUCUUUCCAACAAUGAAACAGUCACCAAACCUCAAACUCUUUCAGUUCUUGCUUCACUAAAAAGCCUUGCCACUCAAACUAAAGGCUUCAAAUUCGUACUCAGACAGUGGAAACUGAAAAUGGGUUGUCUUAGAAUUGCGUCAGUGUUAUUCCUACUAGUUGUAAUAAGCAUAAGAAGUUGAUUUUCUUCUCUGUCAAAGAGGGUUUUUAUUUUUGUUUUUGUAGGGGAUAAAGUGUUAGGACAUAUAUAAACAAAAUGAUAUCAGCAGGGAUAAAUUUGGUGAUGACAGUGAUAGGAUUCACAAUGAGUACUAUGUUCAUAGUUUUUGUUUGUACACGUCUGGUUUGUGCGCGGAUUCAGCUCAAUGCUUCUCGGAGAUCCUUUCCAGCUACCUCAAGAUCUGAUCUUAGCAUACUUGAACGGGGUUUACAUGGUCUUGAGCCUGUUGUUGUUGCCAAUUUUCCGACAAAGAAGUACAGUGAAGAGUGCUUCUCAGAUACCGAAAAUGCUCAGUGCACAGUUUGCCUUUCUGAAUACCACGGUGAAGAUAUCUUGAGAAUCCUCCCCUAUUGUGGGCACUCCUUCCAUGUAACAUGCAUAGAUAUAUGGCUACAACAGCAUUCCACAUGUCCUGUUUGCCGAAUAUCACUGCGCGAAUUUCCUGAGAAGAAGCAUAUGAUGCAACCAUUAUUCAGUUCAGCCAUUCGAUCUUAUUUCGGCAUCGAGUCUUUCAAUAGGCAUUCUUGCAACUGUUUGUUGAGAGGGCAUGUUCCAUCAAGAACCCAUGACAACCGUGGGCUGGAACCAAUUCAAGAGAAUUCUGCGGGCACUGGACCAGAAGCAGGGUAGAACAUAUGCCAUGCAACUGAAGAUGAUCAGGCCAUUAAAGACUCAAGAAACAAGCAUGUAGUUAGCCCAUCAAACCCUUGAUAUCUUGGUUUUUAAGAAUCUCAGUUGAGCUUAAUGAGAUGUAUUGCUAGUUCAUGUAUCUAACAAGAGUUGGAAUUCCACUAGAUCUCCUGCUUGGGAGGUAGAAUAUUGUCCUUUUUGUGGCUUACAGCAUAUAUGUCAAAGUCAAAUGUCUUUGUAUCCUUUUUCCUCCCCAGUAGUAGCUGGUUUCUGGUAGUUUUGUUAGCUCAGUAUGUAAAAGUAGCAUUUGUCUAAUAAAUUGGUGAAUGAGGUGGUAGCCCUCUUUCUCCCUCUCCAGACAGCCUUUAUUUAAUUGGAUUCUCUGAACUGCAUCUGGUCGGUGGGUGGGCCUCUUAGUGUUGAUAUGUUGGAUCACUUCUCUUAAAGAUGUGAAGGUACUCACUGAGGAGGCAAUCAAGUUUGUCCUCUCGGGUUUGGAUUAGAUCAUUUCAGGUUGGGUCAUUUUUUGUUAAAAUAAUUCGCAUUG